GGGAGACGCUUGCAUCCUACCCGGACAUGUAAGCGGUUACACAGGUGCCUGGACUCAGUUUCGGCACGCCAUUGUGGAAAAUAGUUACUUUCACAUUGCUGACUCCUCACUGUGAGCUUGCUUUCCUAGUUGAGUUUUCCAGAGCAUAAUAACUGAAUAAGAACUGUUCCACAAUGGCUACGGACUCCUGGGCACAGGCAGUGGACGAGCAAGAAGCCGCGGCGGAAUCGAUCGGUAGCCUCCAAAUAAAAGACAAACCGGAGGAAAAUGGCACGGCUGCAAAUGCAACAGACUCCAGUAGUGCAGCUGCAAAGUCAGAAGUUGAGGGAGAAAACAAGGGUACAGAAGAAGAUGACAACGAGGACAAAGCGGCGCAGUCAUUGUUGAACAAGCUGAUACGGAAUAAUCUUGUCAGUAACACAAAUCAAGUGGAAGUUCUUCAGAAGGAUCCCAACUCUCCGCUCUACUCUGUCAAGUCUUUUGAGGAGUUGCGACUCAAACCACAGCUGCUUCAGGGUGUCUACGGCAUGGGUUUCAACCGACCAUCCAAAAUCCAGGAGACUGCCUUACCUAUGAUGCUGGCUGAACCUCCACAGAAUCUGAUUGCCCAGUCGCAGUCGGGAACAGGGAAAACAGCUGCCUUUGUCCUGGCCAUGCUCAGUCAUGUAGAUCCCAACAACAGAUUUCCCCAGUGCCUGUGUGUGUCACCCACCUAUGAACUGGCACUUCAGACUGGCAAGGUAAUUGAGCAGAUGGGCAAACACUAUCCUGAGGUCAAACUAGUCUACGCCAUCAGAGGAAACAAAUUGCAGCGAGGCAUGAAGCUGCAGGAACAGAUAGUUAUUGGCACACCUGGUACCAUGCUGGACUGGUGUGGAAAAUUCAAGUUCAUAGACCCCAAGAAGAUCAAGGUGUUUGUGCUCGACGAGGCUGACGUCAUGAUUGCCACACAGGGUCACCAGGACCAGAGCAUCCGUAUCCAGAGGAUGUUGCCUAAAAACUGCCAGAUGUUGCUGUUCUCAGCCACGUUUGAAGAGACAGUGUGGAACUUUGCCCAGCGUAUUGUGCCCGACCCCAACAUCAUAAAGUUGAAGAGAGAGGAGGAGACACUGGAUACCAUCAAACAGUACUACGUGUUGUGCAACAGCAGAGAGGAGAAAUUCCACGCCCUCUGUAACAUCUACGGAGCUAUCACCAUCGCCCAGGCCAUGAUCUUCUGCCAUACAAGGAAGACUGCAGGCUGGCUGGCGGGGGAGCUGUCCAGAGAAGGCCACCAGGUGGCGCUGCUUAGUGGAGAGAUGCAGGUGGAGCAGAGGGCUGCUGUCAUCGACCGCUUCAGAGAUGGCAAGGAGAAGGUCCUGGUCACAACAAAUGUUUGUGCUCGAGGUAUUGAUGUCGAGCAGGUUUCUGUGGUGAUCAACUUUGACUUGCCAGUAGACAAGGAUGGUAACCCAGACAAUGAGACAUAUCUGCACAGGAUUGGCCGCACAGGUCGAUUUGGUAAAAGGGGACUGGCCAUCAACAUGGUGGACAGCAAGAUGAGCAUGAACAUCCUCAACAGGAUCCAGGAGCAUUUCAGUAAGAAAAUUGAAAAACUAGACACAGAUGAUCUGGAUGAAAUUGAGAAAAUUGCCAGCUAAAGAGGAUGGCGUUUAUCGCAUGAAGGACGACGGCCGGACUUCCUUCCCCUCUUGGCUUUCCAAGAACUGUACGCUCUGCUCUGUACAGUGUUUUUACGCUUUCAUUUUUUUAGCCGUUGGAAAAAAGAGCAAACCCACAAACGCAGCAUAUGUUUACAUGUGGAUGUGUCUCCUCUCAGACAAGAACAUACCCCAUUUCACUCUUUGUAUACUAUUUUGAAUAAAGUCUAUACGUUUAUUGCUGUGUAUCGUGCAAAAGCGACUGUUUUACUGAACACACAUGGCGUUUAACACUUUUUGGUGUUGGCUGUAGAGUUGGCAUUAUACAAGCUAUUCUGUAAGAUUCAGUAAAAAACAUAAUGGAAAAAUAACAAUUGUAUGUUCCACAAACUUUUUAAUAAGGAACAAAGUAUAAUUGAAUGUAACUGUAUUAUGUAGACUAUUACAGCAUUUAUUGUGCUCUUUAUUGACUACAAACCUCAGUACAAAGGGUGAAGUUGGGUAUGCAGCUCCAAGCAGUAGUUUAAUCAUAGAUUGUUAUUGAGAUGGUGAUGGUUGGGUUUCAAGGGUCUAUGCAAUCUUAUCAACCUGUAUUCACGUGUCAGAAAUUAACCUCAGAAAUUAACCUUAAGCUUUAGCAUCAGGGUGUGUAGUCAAAUACCACAACAGGCUGCCUAGAGUGAUGAUACACUACUAACUCAUUUGUGGUCAUUUAGAUCUUUCUGUUUAGCCAGUAAUCAAUCCUCAGCCAACCAUACAUCUCCCAUGCAUGUCAUUUAUAUCAUUUUUUAAAACUGAUUGCGGCUAUCAGGACAGGCCUCGUGCCAUUGCUGAGCUUUUAUCAUUCAUUUUUUCUUCAUCUGUAUUGUAAAACAAAAUUGUAGUUCAAAAUGUGCUCAUUAAGGUCCGAUGUGAUCAGUUUCCCUUUGUGUCUCACUGUCCCACAAUCUUUUCAAUCAGGGUCUCAAGUUUGACUUAAGCUCAGCCACAUUCUUCACCCAGACUGUGCUGUAAUUAAGGAUUGUGAGUAAAA